AUGCUGGCGAGCCUCCUCCGCCUCUGCCAACCCAUUCUGGCCUUGGUCGUUCCUCGACGUGGCGGUUCAAGGGUUGGCAAGACGAGGAACAAGGAGCGGCAUCGGCAAUCCGGUGCCGUGCUUCUUGACUCCGACUACUUCGCCGACGAUGCAACUCACACGGAGAAGGAUUUUUGGCGCCGGUUUCGGAUGAACAAGGAUCUGUUAAUGAAGAUUGUCUUCGGCAUCAGGGAGUACGACCACUACUUCAUGUUCAAGCAAGAUUGCACCAGUUUGUGGGGCUUCUCCUCAAUCCAGAAGUGCUUUGCUGCAUUGCGUUGUUUUGCAUAUGGAGCUACCCCCGAUGCAACUGAUGGCUACCUAUGCAUGGCGGAGUCGACAUGCUCCAAGACUGUCUACAUGUUUUGUCGAGCCAUCAUAGCGGUGUUUUGUGGAGAUUAUUUGAGAUCAUCGAGGGCAGAUGAUACAACUCGGAUCCUGGCAUAA